AACAAAUAAACCCAGGUAUAAUUACAAAGAUCUUUGGAUUAACCCCAUUAUUAUUUGGCAUAUUUUCUUACAAACUUCUGUAUAUAAAGCGGUAUUAGACGGAAACUUAAUCAUAUCAUCCUUAUGUUUCCUUUCCGAUUUAUACCGACUGUUAGUACUGUGACUUCUGCAUUUCUUGUUUGUUUCACAAGUGUGAGUUUCUAAAACUGUAUAGAAUGGCGACGGUACGUGCAUUUGUUUUUGGUAUGACUGCAUUUGUUGUCUGCUGUGCGAUAUUGGAUGCCAGCCAUGCCGCUACAUCACAAAUUACGACUACAACUCCCGCGAAGCAGCAGACACAAAGUUCUGCGACUACAGGCUCACCGAAGCAGUCAACACAAAAUCCGCUUACAGCGGGAGGGAAUCAACAGUGUUGCAGUAAAUGGCAGCGAUAUAACGUUCCAAUCUCUCCUUCCUUAGCGCCGCCAAAAGAUGUCACUAAACCAUGGCAACAUGCGGUGCGAGUUGGAAACCUUUUGUUCCUCCACUCUGUACAUCCCUUCGUUUCAUUCUUCAAUAACACGGUCAUCGAACCGAAAACUACCUACAACCACGUUAUGCAGUGCUUCAACUUGGUUAAUCAAAUUCUCAAGCAAAGCGGAUGCACAUUUAACAACGUCCACGAUGUCCAAGUGGGCAUUGCCAAUUUCGCCGAUGCCGAUCUAGUGGAUAAAGCUUUCAACGAUUUCUGCGCAAAAAACGGAUGCUCGGGGUUCCCCUGGGCUGGUCACCUGCGUUCUGGAGGACCGUUCAAGCACGGGAUCACGGCGGAAGUAGCGGUGCAAGCCAGCAACUGCGACUGGCCACAAAAAGAACGCGAAUGCAGCUGUAAUGCAUAAGCGAAAAACAUAUCUUGCUGGACUUCCGUCUUAUGUUUUAAACUCGAGCAACUGCUUGAAAACUAUAUAGGCCUAAUUAAUGCAGUAAAUACAUAUUCCUAUCUGUAAUACUGCACACAGUAAAAAUUUACCUGUGCACUUUACUCUUAGCUUGGAAGUUUCGAAAUUUAAUGAUCUGAUACAGAAUGUUAUGUUUUAAUUUUUAAGGUCUGUGUUAAAUGCGUGAAACAUAAAAAAGAGCGGAGAAGUGACAUAACUGGGCAGAACUUAAAUCUUCAACCAAAAAGCUCAAAAUUUAAUUAAAUGCUAUAGAUAAUGA